AUGGUCAGUGCAAGAGCAGAGGCCUGGUGGGCCUCAGCCAAGAAGAAGCAUUUCCACCACAUGAAGCUGCUGGCCAACCAGAAUCCUGAGGAGGGCCGUCUUUACCGCCUGUCUUCCUCCCCUCCGGACGCGGAGGACGAGGGCGUGCGUGGCAGUUGCGAAGAAGCUUCUUUGUGCAAGCGAUUUGCGGUGAGCAUUGGCUACUGGCAGGACCCUUACAUCCAGCAUUUGGUGAGACUGUCUAAAGAGAGGAAGGCCCCCGAAAUUAACAGAGGAUAUUUUGCUCGUGUCCACGGCGUCAGUCAGCUUAUCAAGGCGUUUCUACGGAAGACAGGAUGCAACUGUCAAAUUCUAAACCUUGGGGCUGGGAUGGAUACCACCUUCUGGAGGUUAAAGGUACAUGAAAAUGUCCCCUCUUCUCUCUCCAGGGGAUUAAACUUCGUUUUGCGAAAUUACCUGGUUAGGAAACUUGGAAAAUAUGUAUGUAUAUUGAAAUGUAUAUACAAAAAGGAGGCAGUGUCACCCUGUCUCCACCCUAUUUGAGAUUCCCCACCCCCA